CUGACCGGCGCGUGCCACAAUCAUUUAACGGCUUUUAUCGGAAAGCGGGGGUCGGUAAACGUUAACUGCACAGAGACCGGAACGAAACGGAAAGAAACGCGAAUGACUGAGACACAGGUGAUGGCUUCUCUAAAGUGCUGCAAGCAGCAGCUCCUUCUAUCACCAUGUGAUAUACUAUCUGAAUGAUGACAACACCUCUGGAUGAACUAAGACUUCAACUCAAAACAUCAACUACAAGUUCUUUUUUGUUUUGGAAGUUUUGACAAACAGUGACUGCUUUGACUGGUUAUGACUGUUUUUUCCCCCCUGGAUGGAGUUAUACCCGUCUCUGUGCCUAUAUUUUACGAGAAUCCCACCAGUAACAGCUGUGAUGGCCAUCACUCGCUGAAGUGACAGGAAAUCCAAUAAGACUGAAGAUUUUACUACCAUUUCAUCAUAUUAUCGAACAGUCUGAUCCACACGCAGUGGUACAGACAGACACACUUGCACACGCUCAUACGCUACUACUAACUUGAAAAAAAGGAGCACUGAAUUCACUCGAGAAGGUCUGGGUGGAGGGAAGGACGCUGAAAGACAAUGGCAGCCGAAAGUGUGAUUGAGCUCAGGGACUGGCUGUUCCUGCUUCUCCUUUGCCUGACCUUAUUGGUGGAGGUUCUGGAAUUUGCAGCAGCAACAGCUGCCAUCACUGAGGCAGCACUAGGGGAGGCAGAGCUUCAGGGUGAUGUUCCGUGUCCAUCAGCAUGUAGAUGUGAUGAUGGCUUUAUUUACUGCAAUGACCGUGGCCUGAGCAUCAUACCACCUUUACCGUUAACAGCAGCUGUGCUCUAUUUACAGAAUAAUCGCAUUGACAAUGCUGGCCUACCAACCUCUUUAGAACGGCGAAUGACUGUUCAAGUAGUUUAUCUCUAUGAUAAUGAACUUGAUGACUUUCCAACACAUUUGCCUCCAUCACUUCGUGAACUCCACCUUCAGGACAACAACAUACGAACUUUGCCUCGUGCAGCUCUCGCGCGUUUACCCUUGCUGGAGAAGCUCCACAUGGAUGAUAAUUCAAUAUCAACUGUAAGCAUUGAAGACAAAGCAUUUGCGAAUAAUCCCAGACUCCGACUUCUUUUCUUGUCACGCAACCAUCUGUCAAGUAUACCAUCAGGGUUGCCGUCAUCACUAGAAGAGCUCAGAUUGGAUGACAAUCGAAUUUCUACAAUUCCGACACAUGCAUUCAGGGGACUUACCUCACUAAGGCGUCUUUUUCUUGAUGGUAACUUGUUGGCAAAUCAACGUAUUGCUGAUGACACAUUUUCACGACUGGCUAACUUAACAGAGCUCUCUUUGGUACGCAACUCUCUUCAGUCACCACCUUUAAACCUUCCUAGCAUGCAUCUCCUUCGACUGUACCUACAGGAAAAUGCUAUGACUCAUAUGCCAAGAGGUUCACUGGAUGGUAUGCAUAGGCUGCAGAAGCUUGAUUUGUCAGGCAACAACCUUACAACUCUACCCAGGGGUUUGUUCAGGGACUUGGACAGCAUCUCACUGUUACUCCUGCGUGGAAAUCCGUGGUAUUGUGGCUGCAACCUACGCUGGCUUCAUGAUUGGUUGCAUGUCCGGGGUUCGUCAGUAACAGUGAGGGGUCUAACAUGCCACGGACCAGAAAAAGUCAGGGGCAAAUCACUUAGGGACCUCACAAGUCAAAUGGAACAGUGUGAGGCAGCUGUGGAUGGACCUGGAGGAGUUGCAGGACCAGGGGGAGGUGAUGGAUCUAAAAGAGACAAAGGGGAUUCUACAACUGAAACCCCAACCACAACAACCCUCACUCUUCCCCAGGGUUCUCUCUUCACACUCAGAUCCAGACGACCUGUACACAGAUACCCUGACUUGAGACAGGACAAUUCUGCAGAGGGUGAAGGUGAGGAUGUUGGCAAAACUUUGUUGAUCAGUGUAAAACCUUUAACUCCAGAGACAGCCCAUAUUACAUGGCAGGCUGUUCAACCAGCCUCAGCUUUCAGGCUAUCCUGGUUAAGACUAAGCAGUAACCCAGCCAUGGGAUCUAUUACAGAGACACUCGUCCCUGGAGACCGCAGAGAGUAUUUACUCACUCAGUUACAACCACGGUCAAGUUAUAUUAUCUGCGUGGUGCCUCUUGUUGUCAGUAAAGGAAGAAGGACAUCAUUUACAGGAACAGGGGGGUUAAAUUUGAACACUGACUCAGAACACGAACACCCUGCUUGUGCCAGAACAGAAACAGCAGAUCUUCAGAUUCAGCCUAGCGCUGACCAAGGUCAGGGUGAUCAAGGUACAGAUGAAUUGACUGUCUUACCCCUUGCAGGGAUUAUAGGAGGGGUGACUGCAUGUGUUUCCCUGUUCUUAAUUUUUGGGAUUUUCUGCUGGUAUGGACAUAGGGCAGGAUAUCUUACAGCUGACGAUCAUACUGUUUAUGCUCGUGAUGUUGUUGGGCCCCGUAGUGCUGUAAAGCAUUAUGAUGACUAUGUAGAAUCUGGUACCAUUAAGGACACUUCGAUCUUAGAGAUCGGAACACCUGGUUUCCAAAUGACGCCAUUGGCGGCCCAACAGCCCCUGCAGCCAAAGGCAAAAGUUGAGGACAUGACUUACAUUCAUACUAUUUUUCCCUCAAAUAAUACAACCCUUUAUAGGAGCACCCUAAACCACACGGCAAAUCCAAGCUAUGGAACCAACCGUGGAUACAGAGAAGGUGGAAUACCAGAUAUAGAUUAUGCUUACACGUGAUAGUCUCUUUAAUAUCCCCUAAUUUUUCUGGCCACUAUCUUUAAGGCAAAGUAGCUGAGUAGGGCUUUGUUAAUUGUCUUAGGUUCCAAAGUAGGGGUGUGCCAACUCUAAUGUAGUUUAUAUAUCAUCUAUAUCCAUAAUAAUCACAUAACUUAAAAAUGCUUAUUUGAAACAUGUCAAAUUGAACAGUUCAUUAAUUAAUUGCAAACAGUUUGUAGAAACAAUCUGGGUUGUCUUCAAAGUCCAUUGAAAACUAAAUUGUGUCCCAAACCAUUUAGGGUGCAAAAACAAUACCAAUACAUAUUUUGAAGGGGUUUUAAUAUUUUCAUUGAUUCAUUUGGGUUAUGCAAUAUGUCUCAUUAUAACCACAUCAUUUCUAUGAAACGAGAUGGCCUCAUUUUCAUACACAGUCAUGAAGCAGGUUUCAUAAAGCAUGGCACACCCCUAGUCCAAUGUACCCUUUGUGCCUCCUUUGGUCUGUUUCCAGUCUAUCUGUAAACCGUUACAAUUUGGGACACUGAUUCUAUGUGAAAAAAAAUCAAGAACAACAAAUAAGUGCCAGAGAUACCAGUCUUGGUAUUGAUAUUAUUUAACAUUGAAGGUUUGGGGAACUUUUAUAUUGUUUUCAUACCUGUUUAUUUCCUUGAGCUAAGUCAUUUUAAAGGGACAUAACAGUAGCAUUUCGAUAAUGUUAUCCUGAGGAACCAGGUGUGUAUGGUUAUAACUUUACUACCUGUACUGUGUAUGAGCAAAGGAAAAUGGGUGCCUUUUAUUUGUUGUCAACUUCUACUAUGACAAAAAAAACAAAAGUAAUUUUUUUUUUUUUGUUUGUUUGUGAUUCAGAUUAUAGGUUCUUACUUCUCUCCUAUUACCUCUGUCUCUCUUUUGAUUAUCUUUGGUAUUGUAUUUUUUCAUGCUGUGCCAUGACUCCAGCCCAGAAAGAUGACAGGGGUGAUAAUGGUUUGAUAAAAUGUCAGUUUCUUACUUUUUAAUUGAAAAAAUUGAAAGGGUGGGGGGUGCCAGAAAGACAUCAAAUUAAAAGGUUAUGGUUUUAUGCUUACUAAAAAAUUAGUUAUUUAUUAUUAAAAAAAAUUGUUAUUGGUAAAUGGGCAUAUAUUCAAUACCAUAGCUAUAAAAAGCUAACUGGGAUGUUCAAAAGGGGAAAAAGCCUAUUCAAAGACAAUCAUGCGAGUAAGAUAUCUCUCUCAAACUGACAGGCUGACACAGAUAAAGCAGUCAAUUUGGUACUAACUUAAUUCAAGUUAAUGGGAAGGCAAUAUCGAUAUAUAGAACCACUGUCUGGAGAAAAACAUGAGCACUUAAUCAAAUAAAGGCCAUGAAAAGUGGUCAGUGGACAUUUCCAUGACUCUAACUAUGUCACCCUGAAAAACUGCUAGUAAUAUCCAGCCAUGCCCUAAAGGUACUGACAACAGAAAUCAGGGAUAAAUAUACAAAUAACAGUAACAACACUGUGGACCUCUGCAACUUUUGUAUAAGUAAUGGGGUGUGGUAUAGAUUACAGUCUUUCUUUUUAAACAGUUAAAGAGAAACUUUUACCCAAAUCAGUGAUAGAAACUGGAAACAGUGCUUAUAAAGCUGGAGUGUUAGGAAUGUCAGCAGAAUAGUAUAUAGACCCUUUAAUUUUCCUGCCUUUUAUGAUGCAUUUUGAAAGUGAAAUAUCUGAAUAAAUAGCAAAUCUGUCACUUUUUCUCUGCAGUAAAUAAUAAACAGCUUGUUUUUU